GGGGAGGUCAGAGGACCUGCUAUGUAGAUCUGUCGCUAUGCGUCAUAGGGUCCCCGCUGUCAGCGCCUCCCCGCCGCCAUCGGCCAUUCUGGGCGGGGAGCGAUCAGAAGAUGUUUAGUGCUACACAACACGCUAACCAGUGGCACCAGGUCCCUAGGCUCACCCCUCCUUCGUUGUACCAUCGUCCCUCUACCAUGUGCAGAUCCAAGCAUAUUUCGCCAUCGCAUUCUGCAGUCUCUUAUUAUACUACAAGUUCCUCCAAAUGGACAACGAGGCGAAAUACUUCCGGACGGGGCAAUUAACUGCCACAAACGUUAUCUUCUAUGCGAACCGGUUUGUCGGGGUAGUAGGCGUUAUUGCAUAUGUGGUCUGUACGUCAAGAAAAAGGAUCUUUCUUGAAACGACUACAUUGAAACCAUGACGUGAUAGAUGAUGGUUUCCAGAUACGAUUCGCUGCGUUGUGUUACGUUUCGUUCUGGAUGAUAGUCAUAUCUAAUUGGCUCAUAAUCGUUCUUCUUGACUAUAUCCUCAUCAUACGAAUCACGGCUUUAUACGAUCGAAGCAAGGUUCUGGACGUGUUUCUGAAGGUUCUCCUUUUUGCCGUGUCAGCCACCGCUCUCGGUAUUCUCGUUUACUACACAAAUAUGGAAGAUGUGCACGCAGCUAAAGUCUCAGAAGAUAUUACAAUUUGUGCGUUGGGCGUUUACCCUCCACGACAAUUAACAAUCGCUUGGUAUGUCAUCCAUGUGCCUUCUAUUGGACUUCUCCAUGACGGCUUGCAGGGCAUUGCCAACGGCGAACGGGUUUCUCCUACUCUGUUUGACGCUCUACAAAGCAGCUGAAUUCCCUAGACGAUCAGAGGGCUUCAAGGGGUUUGAACUUGUCAGAAUCAUUGCCCAGGAUCAAAUGAUAUACUUUUGCUGGUUUAUGUUACUGGCUGUUCUGAGAAUAGUGUCCUUAACUAUCAAAAAUCGUACCGCCGCAGUCUUCCUUCUGUCAACCUCGAAUCCCGCGUCCCUAUGUAUUCUUGGAGAUUUGCUCCUCAUCAACUUGAAAGAAGCGGGAUCGCGACUUCUGUGCGACAGAACAAAUUAUGGAACGAGUUACUUGAUCGAGGAAAUUGAAAUUUCACGACUUUCAUGACGUUCGCGUUGUCCCUGGCUUUUUCCAUUUAUUUCGUACACCGAUAGAGUACCAGCCUUGGUCGUUCUAGUUAUCUUUAAGUGGUACACAAUUCAGCCACACUCGGCAGUUUAUCCGUCAGCACAUUCUAGCUAUGGAACACUUCUAACUCGCGAGCUGGCCUCUUCGCUUCGGCAUCCUUCGACGGCGACUCAAGAGCUUGGUUGCUCUCAUCGCAACGUCUCUUCCCACCCUUCGUUUGACCAUCCCGAUCCCGACGUCAGUCCUGUUCGUGUUACUGGUGGGCGGAGCGCUCUAACAAUCAAUCUCCUCCUUAAUUGCAACGAAUAUCACAUCAGAUGAGAAGUUCGCCGACUGCGUCAGUGCUGGUGGAAUAGACAGUCGUGGGACCCGUUUUAAAUUGCACGGAGGAAGCUGGAUUGGAAUCAAUUCUUAGUCGCUGUGGUGACGGGUGUCUGGAUGUCCUUUCGGUACCUUAUCGUUUCUUUUGUAUUGGAGGGUCCAUCGUAGCAAAGACUGGUACAACGUUCAGUCGCGGUUAUAGUACCGCUAGUAUAAUUGUAGCACCAUGUAUGCAUCCGAUAGCUC